CUCUUCCCAUCCCGCCAUAUUCUUCUCCACCCAGAAGGUCCGUCUGCCACAGCACAGCUUUUUUACUUAUUAUCUACACUUUUAAACAGAUUUCACCAUGUCUGAUGAAGGAAAGCUUUUUGUUGGCGGUCUCAGCUUUGACACAACCGAACAGUCCUUGGAAGAUGCCUUUUCCAAAUACGGAGUCAUCAGCAACGUCCAUGUUGCUAGAAACAGGGAAACCAACAGAUCCAGGGGUUUUGGCUUCGUCACCUUUGAGAAUCCCGAUGAUGCAAAGGAUGCCAUGGAGGGAAUGAAUGGAAAGUCCGUGGAUGGAAGGGCGAUCCGUGUGGACGAGGCAGGAAAGGGAGGCAGCGGACGUUCUGGAGGUGGAGGCAGCGGUGGAUUCAGAGGAAGUGGAAGAGGAGGUGGAUAUUUUAGAGGAGGGCGAGGUGGACCCAGAGGUGGUGGUGGAUAUGGCGGUGGAGAUAGAGGAUACGGCGGUGGAGACCGAGGAUACGGCGGUGGAGACAGAGGAUACGGCGGUGGUGACCGUAGUUAUGGUGGAGACAGGAGCUAUAGUGGUGGUGGAGGCUACAAGAGUGGUGGCUACUCCUCAGGAGGUGGUGGAGGAUACAACCGGGACAGAAGUUCUGGCUAUGGAGGUCGUGGGGGCUCUUACAGAGACAACUAUGAUGGCUAUGCUGCACAUGAAUAAGGCCCAAGACCAACUCAUCACUGGCUGUGUUUUCUAAAGACGUGCUCCUCAAGGAUCUGUUUAUUCAUGUAGUUUCUUUUUUUUUUAUGUCAAUGGGAUUGAAUGCGGGGGUAGGGAGCUUUUGUAUUAGCUGUGAAUUGUUUCACGGCUGCCCCAACAGUUGCUUUUUGUUGAAUAAUUAGUUUUGAACCUUCUUGGUCACAUAGUCUGCCCUGACCAGCUGUCACAGAAUGGCUAUUUUUUACUGCUUCAGCUACCUUAUUUCAGUUGUAUGGUUCUGCAUUCCCAUACUUUGGGUUGCCCUAUAUUUUAGUUAGUGGACAUCUACCUCUAAGGGGCAUUUAAGCAGCUGUGAUAUCUUAGUGGAGAGAGAAUAGAUACAAUGGCAACUGUAAGUCGAUGUAAAAUGGACCAACUGUUUAAUAAAUGAUAGAAAAACGCCUCUGUCAAGUAUACAAAAGGUAAAUUCCUUUCAGACUGGUGAACGCUGCUUAAGUCAGGUGGCCAGCAAUGGCGCUGUCGAAGUGCAGCUUGACAUGUUCAACCUUGCUCUUCCAGAGGUAUAUCUGCUCUGCUCGACAUUUUGCAUUUUUAAACUUGUGCUGCAAAGAUGGACCGACACUCAAUAUAUUUAGUAAUGUGGACAAAUUACCUGCUCUAAAACCUGUUACUACUAUUACUCCCCCCAAACUGGGAAGAAUGUGCUGUUCUUUGUACUUAUCCAUGAACCAAGAAUUUUUUUUUUUUUUUGUUGGCUUCACGGAGCCUAUUAAAUGAAACCAUUUGAAAAUCUGA